UUUAUUGUCUCUGCUUGAGGAGGCGAGUCUCAAAGUUCCUUCAGAAUGGGCAGUCUUCCCUCAGACGCAUCCGGACAACAGCAGCAUCGGUCCAUGGAGCGCUGCCCCUAACUUUUCCAAAUAAUGUAUGCGGGGGUGUCAUCAGUGGUCACGGCGGAGAACAAUUAGAUAUUAGAGCUGUGAUCAGGGGGGGCAGCGACCCUCAGACCAGCACAGACCAGCACAGACCAGACCAGACAAACCACAGACCACCGGCUGAGGCUGCGCCAGAACCCGCAGGGGCCGCGAGAGCGCGCCGGAGAGAUGAACAUCCAGGUUCUGCCCGAGCACAAGCUCUCGUCGGUCGCCCCGCUGAAGCAGUGCAAUGUGGAGAAGAAAGAAGUGGAGCUGAUCCUGGUGAAGGACCAGAAUGGGGUCCAGUACACCAGCUCCUCCGUGGUUCCCACCCCCGGCCACGGCGCGCCGGGUCCGCCGGGGUCCGACGGCGAGCGAGAAACGUGGGGCAAGAAAAUAGACUUUCUCCUGUCGGUUAUUGGCUUCGCCGUGGACCUGGCCAAUGUUUGGAGAUUUCCUUAUCUGUGCUACAAAAAUGGAGGAGGUGCCUUUUUGAUCCCCUAUAUUCUGUUCCUGGUAAUUGCGGGGAUGCCGCUCUUCUAUAUGGAGCUUGCCUUGGGCCAGUACAACAGGGAAGGGGCAGCGACGGUUUGGAAAAUAUGCCCCGUCUUUAAAGGAGUCGGCUACACGGUGAUCAUCAUAGCCCUGUAUGUCGGCUUCUACUACAACGUCAUCAUCGCCUGGUCCCUCCACUACCUGUUCUCCUCCAUGACCAGCGAACUGCCGUGGCUCAAAUGUGGCAACCCCUGGAACAGUCCCAACUGUACCGACCCCACGGCCAUCAACGGGUCUGUCCUGGGCAACGGCACUUAUGCCAAAUACAAGAUCACCCCGGCAGCAGAGUACUAUGAACGCGGUGUGCUGCAUCUCCAUGAAAGUAGAGGCAUCGACGACUUGGGCCUACCUCGCUGGGACUUGUCUCUGUGCUUGGUUGUGGUGGUUUUCAUCCUGUACUUCAGCUUGUGGAAAGGCGUCAAGUCUUCGGGGAAGGUGGUGUACAUCACAGCUACCAUGCCCUACGUCGUCUUGUUUGUGUUGCUCAUCCGGGGCAUAACUCUUACAGGGUCUAUGGAUGGCAUACGAGCUUACCUCCACAUCGACUUCAAGCGACUCAACAACCUAGAGGUGUGGAUUGAUGCUGCCACCCAAAUCUUCUACUCCUUGGGAGCAGGAUUUGGUGUGCUCAUUGCUUUUGCCAGCUAUAACAAGUUUGACAACAACUGCUACAGGGAUGCUAUCUUGACCAGCACCGUGAACUGCGUCACCAGUUUCUUCUCAGGGUUUGCCAUCUUCUCUGUACUUGGAUACAUGGCAGAAAAACAUAAUGUAAAAAUAGAAGAUGUGGCUACAGAAGGGGCAGGUUUGGUAUUCAUCAUCUACCCGGAGGCGAUUUCUACACUAUUCGGCUCAACAUUUUGGGCUAUAGUGUUCUUCAUCAUGUUGCUGACUUUGGGCAUUGACAGCUCGAUGGGCGGCAUGGAGGCAGUCAUCACCGGCCUGUCAGAUGACUUCCAGAUUUUGAAGAGAAACAGAAAGGUCUUCACCUUUGCCACAGCCUUUGGAACAUUCCUCGUUGCCCUCUUCUGCAUCACAAAUGGUGGAAUCUAUAUUCUUACCUUGUUAGAUAAGUAUGCAGCAGGGACAUCUAUACUCUUUGGUGUGUUGAUCGAGGCGAUUGGAGUGUCAUGGUUUUACGGUGUGGAUCGCUUCAGUGAAGAUAUUCAGCGGAUGAUGGGCUUCAAGCCAGGACUUUACUGGAGGCUGUGCUGGAAAUUUGUCAGCCCAGCUUUUCUGCUGUUCGUGGUGAUAGCCAGCACUUUGACGUCAUCGAGCCUGAAGUACGACGACUACACGUUCCCGCCGUGGGCCAACUAUCUGGGCUGGGGUGUGGCCAUGUCCUCCAUGCUCUGUGUUCCCUUUUAUGCCAUAUACAAGUUCCUCAGUGUCCCGGGGACUUUCAAAGAGAGAAUAGCCUACUGCAUCACUCCAGAACAUGAGCACCAUUUGGUGGCUGAGGGAAAUGUGCGGCAGUUCAAACUCCAGCACUGGUUGGCCAUUUGAUCACGAAAUACCCAGAACUCUGCCAUCCAUCAUCGGAGCUCCUGCGUGUCAGUGGCUGGCCGGACAGACCAGGAGACCAAGACUCCAAUCUCUCUUCUCUCUGCACAUUUACCACACAAGCUCUUUGUUGUCAACAGUGGCUUCAAGUGCUUUGAUUUCACAGUUAUGUUGGGUAACAUUCUGCAACCAUUCAACAGUUUCAGCUCAUUAAGGGGAGGCACCUCUGGGUGGUAAGAAAAGUAAAAAAAAAAAAAAAAAAAAAAACAAGCAAACAGUUACUUCACAUUGUCUCUACAUUUGAUUUUAAUGAAACAAACCUUUUAUUUGAUGGUGAGAUUAUAAUUAUCUCCGGUAAUGGAGAUUAAAACUACAUUUAGAACCAAAAAAAAAAAAUAAAGAAAUCAUAUUCUCCUUGUGUAUUAUUAUACAGGGCACCAAAAUAUUCUUCUUAAGGUGAAUUGCUAUAUUAAUGGGUUAUUAUAGGAAAGAAGUAUUUUAUUCUUUGUUGUUCUGUUAACACAGUGGCUUAAAUCUGUCAGUGCCUUAAGAAGUGAGACGCUCCAUGUUUCCUACAGUCCUAACACACAGAAACGGAUAAAUUUAGUUGACUCAGGAACCAAUAGAAAUUAAAAAAAAGAAAAGAAAUAAAGUGCAUGACGUCUCUUUGACAUUACCAUCAGAGAGUUCAAACUACUUUACAAAGACAAAACAACAACAUCCAGAUAUAAUGUUCUUUGUGUCACAAUAUAUUACAGAAAAGGGAAUAAUGACACAAGCAUCAUGCCAAAGCUUUGAAACAUUAGAGACGUUUGGGUUGUGAAAAGCUGGUCUCACUGCCAAACCUCAGUGUCAAAGGAAAGACUAAUGUAGAACUUGGUCAGCGUCUAGCUGCCGCGAGGGAGAGAAGAAAAAGUCACCAAAACUAAUGGCGUUACUGUUACGGACAGUUUUAUAUUACUGUUGUGUGGUUUUUACUUUUCACUUAUCUGUUCAGUCUUAUAAGGAAUAUUUGUGGCUUUUCCUCCAAAGAGACAUAGAGAGAAAGGAGAGCGAUAGCGUGCACAUGUAUGAGUGUGUGCUUGUGCGUGCACACCUGUAACCAAGGGGGUUUUGUUGCCACCAUUCAGUUUUCCAUUGAUAUAUAGUACAUGAAGGACUGAAGAAUGAAAAACGCUUCUAUCAUUAAACUGUACGUUCAUUAUCAGGAUAACUGCACGGCAGCAACCUUUGUAUUUUCAUUUCAAGCCUACAGAAACGUGGUGUUUUUCAUCACCACUGAAGUGCCAUCCUAUUCUUUAAGGCGUGACAUGAUCAUCUUUGUUCUGUUUUAUCCUUUUUUUUAUUUAUUUGUAUGCAGUUGAAUUUAACUUUAAAUCACAACAGAACAUCCUAAUAAGAGGAAUAAAGCCACACGGAAAAAAGAAAAAGAGUGGAAUAUAUAUAAGAAGACAUGAAAGUAUAGAAAUAUAUUCUUUGGUAUAAAUAUAUUCUUUUGUUAUAUUCAAUCUUGUAUUUAUCAAAUUGUUUAUAGCAAAUUGUGAAUGUAAAGUAUUUUAAGCGUAUCUGUCAAUAGUCAUAACAUGGUGUUUGAUGUAUAGCUAAGAUAAAGUAUUUAGAAAGAAAAUAUUCUUCAAUGUAACGCUGGGCUACUUUAUCAUGUAUGAAUGUGAACAAAUACACCCUGGCUCUCUGGGGCCAUGUUUACAGAAAUCCUGUGUACAAUACCAAUGUCCUGUGGAACGUGAGUGACAACCGUCUAUGGAGAAGUCUGAAAUAUUCACAAUAUCCAAAUAAAACAUUUCUCCUACACAAGUUUGAA